GUCGGCCAGCUAGGCGAGUUCGAUAGCGAGCUAGGCUAGCCUGUAACGCGCUACCGUAGCCAGAGCGGCUAGCUGCUGCGUUAGUUAGCUUAGCAGAUAGCGGGCUAAUGUUAGCAUGUGCUCUUGCUCAAUUGAAUAUGCGACUCGGUCGGUCCUCAGAGGUAUUACUGACGAAGUGGUCCACUAAUUUGGAAAAGUUUCUGCUUGUUCACUUUUAAACGAUAGUUAGCUGAUGCACGCUUGUCAAAACUACGAACGUAUGGACAGGCAGCUUGCCUGACUUUGGCUAGCUGCUUUGUGUUUUACCAGCGUGACUGCUGCUAGCUGCCUGCCUGGCGGAUGACAACUCGCGACGUGCAGCUACUUGAUACCUGAUAUUUGUGUGAUCGAUGUAAUGAGUGUUGACCGUGAGCACCACGUUGCUUUUAACGCGCUUGGUUGUGGAUCCAUCUCGGAGGAGACGCGAAUUUGGUGUUCAGCUGGUAAGCUGAACAAAGCCACCGAAGUGACAGGAGGAUUGAGUCCACUGUCCCGGCAUGGGGGACAUGAAGACCCCCGAUUUUGAUGACUUGCUGGCAGCGUUUGAUAUUCCUGAUAUUGAUGCCAAAGAGGCCAUACAGUCAGCACCUGAAGAGGUGGAGGGGCACCAGGGGUCAAGCAGUGGGACUCUCACAAAAUUAGGCGAGAGCGGAGUUGGAGGAAAUUCAACCAUUAGAGCCCCCAGCCCAGCCACAGAUCCACAGAGUGACCCCUCUAUUGUUAGUGUAAUCGUGAAGAACCGGGUGCGCACAGAAGCAUUUGAGGGUGGUGAUGUGUCAGAACCACUCAAUCAUAAUGGAUUUGUGUCCUCAAGUGGGCCAGCUCAUCUCUCUCAGUCCCGAAGCCAACCAAAUGGGGAACAGUGGCCACCGUGUACUUCAAAAGUGACCUCAGAAACCACUGGGCAAGUGCUUGGAUCUACAAACACGUCAAAGCAAAGCAGUAACAUAUUCAAUAAGUUGAAGCCCCUAAUGGCACAGGGAGCUGGAGACCCUGUUGGGAGGGCCAGAAAAAUGCAGCUGUUGCAGCAGCAGCAACAGAUGCAACAAGAAACAGGUUUAGAGGGAGCUGACAAGGCAAAAGCUGCUGUUAUUCCUGGUGGCACAAGUGGAGUGGCAUCUCCCUUUUUUCCUCCUCCCAAACCUUACCUUCCGACACCCACCACAGUUCCUUCUUCCUCACCCUCAUCUUCCUCUCCUUCUGUUGGAUCCCGUGUUUCAGGGGCUGUUGCUUCAUCACCACUUGCUACAAGUUUAACAGAACCAUUUAAUGGAACUCCACGCCAUGGUUCCUCUGGAUUCAGGCGUAUGGACUCGGAGGAGGAGGAUUCAGAUCCUGACUCUGGGGGUUCUCUGGUCAUCCAGGAAAGUCCAGGUUCUCCCACCUCGCCAAAACAUUCACGCAGGCUUAAAUCUCCUGCUGAGAGUUCAGAGUCCUCUUCUCUGCCCCACUCAGCACCCUUGUCCUCCGCUACCUACCCUAAACCAGGGGAUGUCCCCUCAGCCUCACCAGCAUCCCCUCGGACACCACAGAAUUGGCUUUCCUCACCUACUCAGACUGGAACUGGAAAAAGCCCACCCCCAGACGAGCGAAACCCAGAGCAUGUCAUUGAGGAGCGUGACUCGCCAGAAAGUCCGGAGCCUGAGAUCCCCAAGGCUUCGGUUACAAUGCCUGCAGCUUCCAAGAAAUCUUCUAGUCCAGUGGCAGCUCCUUCAUCACCUACAUGCCUUCGUGAGCCUAAGGAAGAAGAAGAGGAAAUGGAGGUGGCUAAAGGAACAAACGAAGAUGGUGGAGAUGCAACUAAUUUAGGAAGUCAGGACAAUGGACAAAAAGAGGAAGAAAAGAUGGAGGUGGAAGAUGAGAGUGAUUCUACUCAGUCACCAACGAACCCCAACAUCGGUGCGCCUGAUAUUAGUGGGGGCACAGCAGUUGAUGGUAUUGUACCCUCCAGGCCUCUGAAAGUUCGCAUAAAAACCAUCAAGACCUCCACAGGAAGCAUCACCCGGACAGUUACCCGUGUGGCAGGUAAAGGAGGUGAUGCAGGUGUAGGCAAAGGCACGGAUGCUGCAAAAGUUCAGCCAGGAGGUCGGACGGUCCCUGCGAACAGAGCCCGAAAAGCAGAGACCACAACUGGUCGAAUUGUGAGAGGUUCCAGCCUACCAGUGUCCACCCUAGAGGCCAGCAGUGCUAUGCUAGCUGCAGCGAGUAAAGCUCAAAAUAAGACAAAAGUUUCUGCUACAGCAGUCAGCAUCACAAAAGCUGCCAACCUACCUGUGACACCUACAGUUGGCGGAAUCAGUGUGCGUGCUGCCACAGGGAGAGCAACUAACGGAGCUGCGCCAAAUGUCCACGUACCUUGCAAGCCAGCCUCUAUCGUCAACAGCACAGGAGCUGUUAUUUCUCGCAGUCAGUCAAGUCUGGUGGAAGCUUUCAACAAGAUCCUCAACAGCAAGAACUUGCUGCCCAGCUACCGUCCAGAUCUCUCUACUCCACCACCGGCGGAGUGGGGUCUCCCCAUGCCGCCUGCAGGCUAUCGCUGCCUGGAGUGUGGAGAUGCGUUUGCACUGGAGCGUAGUCUGGCACGCCACUAUGAUAGGCGCUCUUUAAGAAUUGAGGUGACUUGUAACCACUGUGCAAAGCGCCUGGCUUUCUUUAAUAAGUGCAGUCUGCUGCUGCAUGCUCGGGAACAUAAAGAGAGAGGGCUCGUUAUGCAGUGUUCACAUCUGGUUAUGAGACCAGUCACUGUGGAACAGAUGAUUGGCCAACAGGACACCACUCCCAUUGGUAUGCUCUCACCGUCAGUAUCUUCUCAACCUCUCUCAACCACCUCUACACAGUCUGGAACCCCCUCUGUCUCUUCCACGUCUAGUCCACUUAAGGACUCCCCUUCACAAGGCACGGCUCCUACCCAACCCAGUCCAGCUCGCCGUGGGCCUCAGAGUUCUCAUGCCCUAAUGCCUCUUCCCUGUAAGAAGGGCGAGGUCAUGCAGUACCACAACUUCAAAUGUCCUGAAUGUCAGACCCAAUUUUCAGGCAAGGCAGAGCUAGUGGCUCACUUCCAGCAAAUCAGAGCUACACCCAAUUCAACUUGUAUGCUUUGCUCCCCACCAAUGAUGCUCCCUAACGGUUGCAGCGUGUCAGCUCAUCAGCGUAUCCAUAAGCACCGUGCUCCUCAUGUAUGUCCUGAGUGUGGGGGCAUUGCUCGUCAAGCCACCUUUCAGACCCAUCUAGAGGAGGCCUGUCUUCACUUUGCCAGACGAAUUGGCUACAGAUGCUCCAGCUGUCAGGUGGUGUUUGGUGGCCUGAACUCCAUUAAGUCUCACAUACAGACUGCUCAUUGCGAGGUGUUCCACAAGUGCCCCAAUUGCCCAAUGGCCUUCAAAUCGGCUGCCAGCGCCCAGGGUCACAUCAGCACCCAGCAUCCCACUCUCACUUCUGCACAGGCAAAGAUGAUCUACAAAUGUGUGAUGUGUGACACAGUCUUUACCCAGAAACCUUUGCUGUAUAUGCAUUUUGACACUCACCUGGCCAAGCAGAAAGUCCACGUUUUCAAAUGUCCAGAUUGCACCAAAUUAUAUGCUCAGAAGGGUUCUAUGAUGGAACACAUCAAGACUGCCCACAGAGGCCUGUCAAGCAAAGCAGAAGCUCCACCUGCUGCUUCAUCCCCUGUUUCAGCCUCUACCGCUAACUCCAACUCAAAAGCCAAACAGUCAGGAGUAACUGUUGGCGUUGAGGACUGUGCCCAGGGACAAGGGGCGGAAGAGGAGAAAGAGGAGCGAGAGGAGCGAGAAGAAGAGGAGGAGGAGGAUGACAAUGAGGAAGAAGAGCAGCCCAGUUCUCCAGAGAGUGAAAGCAUGGAGUGGCGGUGCAAAGAGUGUAAGACGCGCUAUUCUGAGAGAGAAGAUUACAUCGACCACAUGAAGAAGGAGCAUGGCACGUUAAUGAAGAAAUUUCCGUGUCGGAUGUGUGAGCGUUCCUUUAGCUCGGCCAACAGCCUGCGGCGCCACGUUCGUGUCAUUCACGAGGGUGUUGAGAGAGUCUUCCACUGCCAGUACUGUUCAGACGGCAAGCGAACAUUCGGCAGUCGGCUGAUUUUGGAGAAACAUAUCAGAGUCAGACAUGGUAUCCGAGCUAGACAGCCUGUAGACAGGCAGAAUGCACCAAACACAAGGAAGCGCUCUGCUGCAGGUGAUGGAGCGGGCAGUUCCUCUGAGGUAGACUACGAGGGAGAAGCUGCUUCUGCUGGUGGUGGCGCUGAUGCAACUGACACUGGAGGUGAGGAGACCGUGAGCCCAGCGAAAAGAACCCGGUCAUCUGAGAACCGGCCUGCGGAGGAAGAGGUGGACGAUGGUACAUUCCGCUGCGCACCGUGUGGCUUCAGCACACAGGACUGGGAAGAGUUUCAGCGCCACAUUCCCAGCCACUGCGAUUCUGAAAAUGCCUCCCAGCAGUGCCUGCAGUGCGGUGCCUGCUUCACUUCAGCAGGCUCCCUCAGUCGCCACCGCUUCAUUACACACCGUUUGCGCCAAGACCAGGACAGCCGGGGGGGGAGCACGUCGCCGGGCAUUUCACCACAGGACGGGUCGCCCUCCUCACCCAAGGCAGGAGACGAGGGGGAAGGGGGAAUGAGCUGCAGGGUGUGCGGCCGGCGCUUCGAUAAAGCCUCGGACCUCAACACACACUUUCGCACUCAUGGUAUGGCCUUCAUCACGGCACACAAGACCGACAAACCAGUGUAAAGGAUGGUCAAUGGGAACAGUGUGCAGGGGAUAUAACCUGCAGUGAAGAGGAGAAGUUGCUGCAAGGUGAAUGGCUCUUUAUACCAUGUGCAAUUCACUGGCCAGUUGGUGGUGAUAAUGAGUAGUAGAAGCUGUUUCUGUCUCUGUGUUGUCCAGCUUCUCUUCGUGUCUGCAUUCCCUUUUACUUCAUCGUUCUACAAAGACUCAUAAGUCACAUCUAAGAGAGGAUCUCAGCCUGAUAACAGUUUUGGGUUGUAGCAAUGUCAAUACAUGCAAUAUGUAGUAGACUAAUGUGGUAAAAUCAGGUAAAUGAGGAAUUGGGUAAAACCAGUGAAGUUAAAUUUAAUAAAUAAGAACUUUGUUACAGACACACAAGAAAUUCAAUCAAAGCAUUGGCUAAGUGAGUAUGUGUAUUUGAAAACUAAAAAAAUCAAAUGGUUCUUUUAAUUUGUGUUCGCUCGAUGAUGUCCAACUUUUGAACUGUCUAAAUAGAUGUUCUAAGCAUUUCUCCACAACCUCGUAAUACCAAGCUGUAUUAUAAUGAUAUUUGUCUAAAAGCAAUAUUCAGAACUCCACUUUUUUUUUUGCACACAAUUUCACUUUUUUGUUCCAUUAUAGUGCCUAGUGUUCGCACUAGCUAGGCUGGACUUGAGACUACACUUCCACGCCUAAACGUUCACUACUCUGAGAUCAGUUGUUACGGCACGAGCUGCUCAUUUUCAGUGGAGGUCUGCUGUUCCCAAACCAGAGUUGGAGCUUGAAUUCACAGAGCAUUAAAAAGCAAAAUAAGGGUGCUAGUGAAGGUUUUUCCUCUUUGUAUAAAACACUGACUUUUAGUAAUAACGAUAUUGUAUCAUUGUAUUAUUGAUAUUUAUUUAUAUGAAUCAUUCGUACUGAUUGUGAGUCAUUUGAUAACUUUCCGAGGUAAAAUACGGAAUGGCAUGUGGAUGUGUUAGCGUCAAAGAAUGGAUUUAAUAUGAGAGUUCUGUGGAUUUGUCAAGGAAAGAACUCUCAAGGUCAGUAAGGGAGAGAAGGUUUGCAAAGGUCAAUAGUGCAAACGUCAACCAUAGAAACCACUUGUGGACUUUAUGAUGGUAUAAUUAAGACGUGUAUAAAUGCAGUACAUUCAUGGCUUGCUCUGGUUGUUUUGUUAGAAAACGUGAUCAAGUUUAGUCUUUUGUAUUUGUAUUUCUUUCACCCCCUUAGCUGAUUUCAGAUAUCAAUAACGUGAAAGUAUCGUUUCUGGGUAAGGAGCCUGGUGUAUUUUUUAUGAAUUUAUUCUAAUUAAAAAUAUGUUGAGUGUGUUGGAUUGCAUUUUAUUACAUACGAAUACAAAUGUUUUUUUUUUCCUUUGAUAGUAGUCUUUUCUAUCAAAAGUGUCUGUGCUCGUUACAAGCCACAUUUCUUAAAAAUGCAUUAUAAAUAAUAUUGUGGUCAUGUGAGUCAUCUGUGUGUGAAUGUACGAGUGUGUAACCUUAAAACCACAUGCUGUAUGUCCUUUACAUAAGGAGAAAUCCAGAUAUCCAUCAUAUUCUGUGUAGAACUUGGGUCUGCCUGCUUCACUGCCGUACACUCUGUCAGUUCUACUUUACUGUUUCUGAAUAAAAUGGCAAAUUGUUACAGUA